AUGGCCGCCAGCCGUGGCCUCCCGCUCCUCCUCGUCCUGGCCGCCCUCCUGGUCGGGCUCGCCUCCGCCUCCUCCUUCAUCUCCGACGGCGUGUUCCAGGCGGGCGCCGGAUCUACCACGGGGAGGACCUUGCUGCAGGCCAAGAGGGAUUGUCCUGUGAACUUUGAGUUCCAAAACUACACCGUCAUCACAAGCAGGUGCAAAGGGCCAAAAUAUCCCGCUAAAGACUGCUGUGAUUCUUUCAAGGAAUUUGCAUGCCCAUUUAAUAACUACAUCAAUGAUGAAAGCAAUGACUGUGCAUCCACAAUGUUCAGCUACAUCAACCUCUAUGGAAAGUACCCACCAGGCCUGUUUGCCCACGAGUGCCGAGAAGGCAAGCUAGGUCUUUCUUGCGAAGGCGUCCCCCAGAAAGACGUUGUUAAAAGUGGUGUCCAAAGGGCUCGAAGCAGCUCGCUUGCUUUGAUUACUCUCAUGUGUGGACUAGUAGCAUUAUUCUUCCAGUAG